AUGGAUGCCAGGACCCGAUCCCACGACGAUUAUACGGUCGGAUGGAUAUGUGCCUUGCCGGAGGAGACGGCGGCUGCGAAGCUGAUGUUGGACAAAAUACACCCGCCUUUGCCUCGCCUGCCGAUGGACCAAAAUUUAUACAUUUUGGGAAGCAUCGGGGAACACAAUGUCGUGAUUGCUAGCUUACCGACCGGCGCAUAUGGCAAUACAUCAGCAGCAACGGUUGGGAUGCAUUUGCUGUCUAGUUUCCACGCUAUCCGCUUUGGUUUAAUGGUUGGUAUCGGUGGCGGAGUACCAAGCAGCAACGCAGACGUUCGGCUUGGGGAUAUUGUAGUGAGCCAGCCGAUGGACACUUCUGGAGGCGUUAUCCAGUUCGAUCUAGGUAAAGCGCUAAGCGGCGGCCAAUUCAAGCGAACUGGAACGCUUAAUCGACCUCCUAAGGUUCUGUUGACCGCUCUUGCGACUCUCCGAGCACAUCACCUCACGGGAGAUAGCCGGAUCGUCAAAUUUGUUUCCGACUUGCAAGCCAAACUUGCACCUCACAAAGCUACCAAAUUCACGCGACCGACGCAGGAAGACUGUCUAUUCCAAGCAGAAUAUGAUCAUGUCGCAUCUGAUACGUGUACCAACUGCGAUCGAUCUAAACUGGUUCCACGACCGCCACGAGAGGACCAACGACCACUAAUUCACUACGGACUCAUUGGAUCUGCAAAUCAGAUUGUGAAAGAUGGCAGGCGGCGAGAUCAGCUGGCUCGAGACUUAGGUGUAUAUUGUGUCGAGAUGGAAGCGGCCGGACUUAUGAAUGACUUUCCGUGCCUGGUCAUUCGGGGCAUCUGCGACUACGCCGACUCGCACAAGAAUAAGGAAUGGCAAGGGUAUGCAGCCGCAGUGGCGGCGGCUUAUGCGAAAGAGCUUCUCUUGGUGGUUGCUAUCGAUCAGAUCCACAGUACCACAACCGCGCAAGACACACUAGCAGGCAACGCUGACACAUCUUUUGCCACUGUUAUACACGUAGGUGCCUUAUUGCCGAUCAACGCGUUCACUGCUAAAGUGUACAGAAAUAUACCAUUCACACCAUUGGAAGGCAGUCAGGUAAGAAGUCUGUGA